GAACGCGCAGUGUGCGCGUGCGCGCGGCGGGCGCGAUGGCUGCGCUCAGCGGGCUGGCUGCUCUCCGUGCAGGGCGCCGUCUGUGGAAGCUUCCUGCGCGCCCGUCUGCGGGGCUCCCGGGCUGCUGGCUCCGGAGGGGCUACAUCGUGGGCCGCGCUGAGAGCCCUCCCACCUUUGGCUUACUGUUUGACAUUGAUGGAGUGCUGGUUCGAGGCCACAGAGUGAUCCCAGCUGCUCUGGAAGCAUUCGGCAAGCUGGUAAACUCCCAAGGGCAGCUGCGGGUACCCGUGGUUUUUGUCACAAAUGCUGGGAACAUCUUACAACAUAGCAAAGCUCAGGAGCUGUCAGACCUGCUGGGGUACAAGGUGGAUCCAGACCAAGUCAUUCUCUCUCACAGCCCUAUGAAACUCUUCUCGCAGUACCACAACAAGCGGAUGCUGGUAUCUGGGCAGGGACCCCUGGUGGAAAACGCCAGAGCACUAGGCUUCCAGAAUGUGGUAACAACAGAUGAGUUGCGAACAGCCUUCCCAGAGCUGGACAUGGUGGACCUCGAGCGGCGGCCGAAGACCACGCAGCGCCCGAGGAAUGACUUCUCUGCCAUUGAAGGGGUCCUCCUUCUUGGGGAACCAGUCCGCUGGGAGACAAACCUGCAGCUGAUUAUGGAUGUCCUCCUUAGCAAUGGGAACCCUGGGACUGGCCUGGUGACAGCUCCAUAUCCCCACCUCCCUGUCCUGGCUAGCAACAUGGAUCUCCUGUGGAUGGCUGAAGCCAAGAUGCCCAGGUUUGGUCAUGGCACCUUUCUGCUCUGCCUGGAAGCCAUCUACCGGAAAGUAACGGGCAAGGAGCUGAAGUAUGAGGGCUUGAUGGGCAAACCCAGCAUCCUCACUUACCAGUACGCAGAGGACGUGAUGAGGCAGCAGGCUGAGAGGCGGGGCUGGUCUGCCCCUGUCAGGAAGCUCUAUGCUAUAGGUGAUAACCCUGUGUCUGAUGUCUAUGGCGCCAACCUGUUCAACCAGCACCUGCAAAUGGCAAAGCGUGGAGAGGAGGAACGUGGGACUGGUGGACAGCAGAAGCGGCAGCCUUCAACAAUCCAGAGCUGUGUCUCCAUCCUGGUAUGCACGGGCAUACACAGUUCUCAGGACCCAGGCUCCGAAGGGGCGCAGCUUCCAUUCCACGGCCACCGAGACUUCAGCUUCAGUCUGGAGCUCCUAGAGGCCUCCCACAUUGUUCAUGAUGUGAAUGAAGCUGUGCAGCUGGUUUUCCGCCAGGAGGGUUGGGCUUGAUAGUAAGGAGAUGUAUCACAGACAAGGGGCUGUUGGGGCAUCCGCCUCAGGGAAUCCUGUGUGCCAGGCUGUGGUCCAGGUCACAGGCAUAAAGUCCCAGCCUGGCCCUUGCCACUACUUCCUGAAGAAGAUCGCAGCUUCAGUAGCUAUAGAAUGACCCUUGGGUAGCAUUUCAGGAGGGGAUGGAUUUCUGGUCCUUCCUGUGUGUCUCUUGCAGUCUGACCUCAUACCAGUUCCUUUACCUCUGUGCCUCGUGUCCUCUCAGUAAGGACUUUUUUUUUUCCCCUCCAAGACAGGGUCUCACUAUUGUAGCCCUGGCUGUCCUGGAACUCACUCUGUAGACCAGGCUGGUCUUGAACUCAGAGACACCUGUCUUCCUCUGCCUCCUGAGUGCUGGAAUCAAAGGUGUGUGUCACCAUACCUGCUUCAGUAAGGGCCUUCUAAAAACGGGGACAGCGUACAAUUAUGUGGAAACUUCUGGAAAGCCUUUGCUCUCACUGAGGGACCCCGCACGCCAGUGAAGUGAGGUUCUGGUACUCAUGGUGGUUUCCGCUGUAUUUUAGAGCACUGCCCACAGACUUGGUGGGCUUUUUUUUUAUUAUUAUUAUUAUUAAAAGCUAUCCUAGUAUUUGUUAGGUUGUGUCUUGUGAAACUUUGUCUGGGCUGUCCCAUGAGGGGAGUGAAGAGGCAGAACAAUUGUGACAUUUCAUUCCCUGAGCAUGGUGUCUCCUCCUCUACGGCUGCCUCUCCUCAUCCCAGGCAGGGCUCUGUCUGGGAAUGACUUCCUCUGGCUUUGACAUAUGCCUAGCACCUUUCUUGGUGUGGAAAAGAAAACAGAUCUUCGUGUCUGUCCCGAGGGCUUUUCCCACAGUGAGUCCAGAGGUACAUCCUACCUGUGUUCUGUCCCCCGGGGAAUCCUACUCCAGCUCGGUCUUGUUUGUCUCUCCUAGAACCUUGGUAGUUGUCAGAUCCUUGGUGCUAUAGUUUGAACGUUACUGUCUCCAGCAGAACACUGAGAAUUAGAUCUCAUGGCAUGUGGCGUUCUCAGCGUUCUGGAGGCCGAGGCAAGAGGAUUUUGAGUUUGAGGACAACCUAGGACACAUAGCAUACUACUGUCUGAAGAAGUAAAAAUUAAAAAACAAAACAAAAACCCCUGACUGAGGACCCCAGUCAGUGCCUGCCCAGUUCUACUGUAGUCCUUGGUGCACCAGGUACAAACUCCUGACUCCACCCCCGCCUUAUCCUGUCUCCCUGUCUUCCUGGCCUUGAACCCUGAUCACCUGCUUUCACCUCCCAGGUGCUGAAGUUACAGAGGUGUGCCACCAUGCCGGGCUCAGUUUUCUUAAAAAACCAUUGGCUACACCUGACUAACUUCUUGAUCCCUCUGGGUGCUUCAUUGUUUAGAGGUGAGGGAGUGGCCAGGGGGAGAGGAGAAUGGAGAACUGGUGUCCUGGGAGCUGAAUGCAGUUGUUGAAUGCCCACCAUCCACAGGCCCACCCACUCUGGCACCUCACAAGUCACACAGUUCCCCUGCUGUCUCCCUAAGGCUUACAGUCAUGCUUUCUUCCCCUGUUUCCCAUGUCAGCUUUGUUCUUGAUGUGUACAAUGUGGGAGUGCUGCUCACCUUCACCUCCUGCCCCUACUGAGGUCCCCCUUCUUCUUGUGCCCCAGAGAUAGGAUGAGGAAGG